ACUUCCGCCUUACUUGCCGGCCGCUUCUUGUUGUCAAGAAACGUCACUUCUCAGCUCAGAAAUUACAUUGUGAUAUUGGGGAUAAAAUGGCAUCACCUAACUCAUAUAAACUAAGCUGCUCUAUACCUGGUCAUGAAAUGGAUGUGAGAGGUCUUUCAGCUGCUUUUUUCCCCGACGGAGCCUUCGUGUCUGUUUCCCGAGACCGAACCGGACGAGUCUGGGUACCAAACUCAAGCCCAGACAGGGGGUUCACAGAAAUGCAUUGCAUGACAGGUCAUCAAAAUUUUGUAUCCUGUGUAUGCAUCAUCGCUCCAAGUGACACAUAUCCUCGGGGACUCAUAGCCACUGGUGGAAAUGACCACAACAUAUGUGUUUUUACACUGGACCAACCACAACCAUUAUUCACCCUCAAGGGACACAAAAACACAGUGUGCACUCUGUCCUCUGGAAAGUUUGGAACCCUACUGAGUGGCUCAUGGGACACCACAGCAAAAGUCUGGCUCAACGAGAAGUGCAUGAUGACCUUACAGGGGCACACAGCAGCAGUGUGGGCAGUGGUCAUAUUACCUGAACAAGGCCUCAUGCUGUCAGGAUCAGCUGACAAGACCAUCAAGCUGUGGAAGGCUGGGCAUUGUGAGAAGACAUUUACAGGUCACGAGGACUGUGUCAGAGGGCUAGCGGUGGUCAGCGACCUGGAGUUCUUUUCCUGCAGCAAUGACACCAGUAUCAGGAGAUGGCUGGUGACUGGGGAAUGUGUGCAGGUAUACUACAGCCAUACCAACUACAUCUACAGCCUGGCCGUCUUCCCCAAUGGACAAGAUUUUGUGAGCACAGGAGAGGACCGGACCUUGAGGAUAUGGAAGCAGGGCGAGUGCCAACAGACCAUCCGUCUCCCAGCCCAGUCAGUGUGGUGCUGCUGUAUCCUGCCCAACGGGGAUAUAGCUGUGGGAGCCAGUGACGGCCUCAUCAGAGUGUUCACUGAGGUGGAAGACCGCAUGGCCAGCCCUCAGGACCUCCAAGCUUUCGAGGAUGAGCUCUCAAAGACCACCAUCGACCCCAAGACCGGGGACCUGGGGGACAUCAAGAUGGAGGAUCUUCCAGGCAGGGAUCACCUUGAUGAGCCUGGGAAUCGGGAAGGACAGACGCGGCUGAUCAAAGAGGGACAGAAGGUGGAGGCGUACCAGUGGAGCGUGGCCGACAGCCGCUGGAUGAAGAUAGGAGAUGUGGUGGGAGGGUCCAACCAGCAGACCUCCAAGAAAGUCAACUAUGAGGGGAAGGAGUACGACUUUGUCUUCACCAUCGACAUCAACGAGGGUGGCCCGUCCAUGAAGCUGCCCUACAACGUGACGGACGACCCCUGGCUGACGGCUCACAACUUCCUGCAGAAGAACGAGCUCAGCCCCAUGUUCCUGGACCAGGUGGCCAACUUCAUCAUCGAGAACACCAAAGGACACACCUUGGGAGCCGCCCCACCCAGCGCUGCCGACCCAUUCACUGGCUCAGGCCGAUACAUCCCUGUAGCUGCCGACAAUAGAGCAGGUUUUGGGGCUGACCCCUUCACAGGCACUGGGCGAUACAUCCCGGGAUCGGGGACUCCCACAGGGGCGCCGGUGGGCGCGGCAGACCCCUUCACAGGUGGGGGUGCCUACUCCUCAGCUGCCUUGAGGCAGACCUCCACCAACAUCUACUUCCCCAAAACGGACGGGGUGACCUUCGAGCAGGCCAACGCCACACAGAUAAUGGCCAAGCUGAGGGAGCUGAACGGUGGGGCCCCUGGUGAAUACAGGCUGUCUGAGGAGGUGCUGGGGAGCCUGGAGAAGCUGCUGGUAUCUGUAUGUGACCCCUGUGCCUCAGAGCAGCCCACCACUGAGCAGAUCAGCCUUCUCUGGAAGACCUCUCACUGGCCAGAAGACAUCGUCUUCCCCGUCCUGGACAUCCUGAGGCUGGCGGUGCGCCACCCACAGGUCAACGAGAGCCUGUGCGGCGGCGACGCGGACAAUGGCGUUGCGCUCUGCAACCACCUGCUGAGCCUGAUGAAGCCGCAGGCCCGGCCAGCCAAUCAAAUGCUGGCGCUGCGGACGCUCUGCAACUGCUUUAGUGGCUGGCGUGGUCGAGCCCUCCUAUUGGCCCAACGGGAGGCUGUCCUGUCGCACGCUGCCGACCUGUGCUCCGUGUGCAACAAAAACAUUCACAUCGCCCUGGCCACUCUCGUCCUCAACUACGCCGGCUCCCUCCACGGCCAGCCUGACCUGGAAGCCAAGGCCCAGUGUCUGUCGGUGGCCAGUGCGGCGCUGGAGUCUGUGCAGGACAAGGAGGCGGUGUUUAGGCUCCUAGUGGCCCUGGGGACCACAGUGGCCUCCGACCAGACGGCCCAGGAUCUGGCCAAGUCCCUGGGGGUCACGUCACAGAUCGCCAAGUACACCUCCGUCACUGACCCGGCCAAGGUUGGCGAGUGCUGCCAGCUGGUUUUAAAAGAACUGCAGUGAUCUGAUCUCAUUUUCUGUGUUUUAAUCCGCACCAGUAUCCCCUUUCCCCUUACAUUAUUACUAGUCUCUGUUCAAGUGUUUUAUUGAUUUCUGACUGGUGGACUGUUGGAUUGCAUGUGCUGCAAUAAAAAGAUGUACAAAUUGAA